AUGUCGGGAACGACUGCGUGUUUCGUGAUCGUCAGUCGGAACGACAUUCCCAUCUACGAGGCGGAGCUUGGUUCCUCCGCCGUCCGGGUAUCCAUCCCCCUCUCGCUUGCCACAGCUCGUCGUCUCUUUUUUCUUUUCUUCUUUCCCUUUUUUCUUGCGUAAUUUUUCGGAGACCUGGUUGUCGGUGGCUCGGAUGGCAGAAGGAAGAAGCGGCCCACCAGCACCAGUUCAUACUCCAUGCCGCCCUCGACAUUGUCCAAGAUGUCGCCUGGACCACGAGCGCUAUGUACGUGAUAAUUGCUCGUGGAUUUCUAUCCUUUUUAAACGAUCUCGUUUCUGCAUAUUUCAUCCCAGAGCGGAACCAUUUCUACCACGCCCACUUUCCCCUCAAUUCUCUGACCUGCGUUUUGAUUAGAUGUCCUUGCAAUGAUUCCACAGGUUCUUGAAGUCGGUGGACAGGUUCAACGAUCUGGUGGUGUCCGUUUACGUCACUGCUGGUCAUAUCCUUCGAGUUCCGAUCUCUUAUUCGUCAUUUCUGUAAGAAAAUUUUGAACAGUUCCGAGCAGUGAUGACGGUGAGCAUCGAUGUAUGAGAGAGCCCGGCUUUUAGGGAUUGCAUAGUAUUCAUCUCUCACAUGAGUCAGGUAUAGAAGAAGAGGCAAGAAGUGUUCCCUCGGUGCUGGAUUCUUAAAGAGGAAAGAAGGGGUGUUGCAGAACGAUUUCUGGAGUACCGUCGAGUCCGACUGACCUCCAAUCCUGAUUGAGUACCGUCGGCAUUCUCGUGGACAUGCUCGAUCUUAGAAUUGCUGUAUCUAAUUGGUUGAAAGGACUUAUUCAGAGAAGGCUUCUAACGUGACUGCUGCAUAUAACUGGUUCGUACGGCUUCUUCUAAGAAGGCUGUUGACUUGAUUGUGGAUCUUGUUGAUCUAAUAAUCGCCGAUCACAACUGUGACAGCUCCACUCUCUCUCUUGGGAAGGCUGCCAAGGUAGCUUUAUGCUCCAUAUUACUUGCUUCAGAAAAUAUUUGACGAUUUUUGAUUAGUAAGUUAUAGUCGGACUACAAAGUCGGUCCUCUCUCUGGAGUAUGCCUGUUGCGACAACAUUUUGAAGCAGUUAAUGAAGGAGAAGAAAAGAAACUGCCAAAAGGUUUCCAUUUCCUUAGCUGCAAAUUUGAUAUUUGUAUGAAAAUUUCGUGAUGUCUUGGUUUCAUGGAUAAUGUUUUUGUUUCGCGAGUUGGAUCAUCUGUGGUUGCAUUUAUUUUGUUUCAUACCCUGCGAAAGUUCUCCUUGACCUAGUUAUCAUACACACUAGAUUGAUGCUGCUCCAUGAUUCCCGCAAUGAAGAUGGAAUAAAGAGCUUCUUCCAAGAGGUUCAUGAGCUUUAUAUAAAGGUAUCCUUGUGCUGCUUAGGGAUCUCGUGUUUUACAACAAACGGAAUGGAUUUUCUGAUGUCUCCAAGUGCUAUUAUUUCGGGUAUUAUCUUUUAUAAAUUAAAAGGAUGCGGUCUAUGAAUACUUUGAUGAUUAUCCAAAAGUGAUGUUUUUAUGUGGGAAGCUGGUUGACACCACAGUUUCGUGCUGUAAAUAUGUUGGAAAAUAAGGCUAAAAGAAAAGAAAAACAGAAGCAGUGCACGGCUAUGAAAGUCAGAACCUCCAGCAGGAGUCUGAGAAACAAUUGAUGGGUUGUGCAUAAGGCACCAGUCCAGCCCAAGCCCAUUGUUCCGAAACUUUUUACUGCUCAUCCCUCAACAUGAUUGUUCCUUUCUGUUACUUUUAAAUCAUCAGGAGGCACGUUCCUUGAGAAAGUUUCCCACUUCGUACCCAUUUUCUGAUGGUCGCCAGAGGGCAUCUGGUUGACUACUUCCUUUUCUCGGUAUUUUUUUUUUGCUUUUAUAUCUUUCCAGUAACGCCAUAUUUUAAAAAAUCUGAUCCACUCAUCAUGACAGUCAUGAGAACUGGUGUAAUUAGGUUUCUUUUCUUUUUACCUGGAGAAGCCCGAUUCAAAUAUACCGAAAAAUGGAACUAGGGCCUCUGUGGAACUGGUUACUUCUUAGGACAUCGAUUCAGAGCAGGGAUAAAGGGUUAAAACAUUUCCGUGUGAAGAAAACUUUGUUUGGAAAUGAAAAUUCUUUCAAGGAAAUCGAUUGAGCUUUGUGUAGUAAGAAAUACUUGAAAGAACACAAGCACAUUCUUCACAAGGAAAUCAAGGAAACUGUCUAUCCAACAACACAAGCACAUUCUUCCUUAAUGCUGGGCUAAUCUGUAGUAAGAAAUACUUCAUGACUGUGAAAUAGCAUGCUUGUUCCCCAAAAGAAUUUAUUAGUCUUGCUUAUGCUCUAACGCACCCUCUUCUGGCUUUGCCAGUGUGUGGUACGGCAAAACAUGGUCAGAUCAAACUAGAAGGUUUAGGCUAUUGUUGAAAGUGUCUAAUCCUGAUCUUGUGCACUUUGACAUCGACCAGAGAUUGCCUGACCUCAGACCCCCCCUCCCCCCCCUCCCCAGCUGCCAAGCUUGAAGCAGUAGAUGGGGUUAGGUCAGUAUGGUCUGUUGAGGGGGAGAUGGAUAAAUGUAGUUGAGGUUGAGAACUCAUUAAAUUCCAUACAUUCGUCUGUUAGAACACAUGCAAAUUUCAUCCUCAGGAAGUGGGAAAACAGGAAUCUCUGCUAAUGUUAUGUCUAUCGCAGCACCAAACAUCGUGACAAUUUGACAAGUCAAACAAUUCUUACCUGCGUUGUUUGACUUCAGUCUCUUCUAAUUGCACCAGCCACAGAAUACAUUCCAAUAUAAUUAUCGUAUAUUAAUGAACUCUUGCCCUUCUAGCGAGGCUUAUGAUUUCUCAUCCUUGUAGCCCCUUUCACUGCAGCCAUGUCCAGCCAGUCCCUAAAACAUGUCGUGCCAUUGUUUCCCAGAUGUUUCUCUUUUUCUGCUGGGGGCAUUUUUUUUUCAUUUUGCGAUUUAUUUACCUUAAAAUAUUUUGAUCAAUUGAAAUUAUUCGCAAAUCCCUGAGCUUUAAAGAAUAAGCAAGCGCAGAUCUGAAAUGGGGUGGGGGUAGUUUCCGAUUCUCAUCGAAGGGGGGGCAAAGAAAGGAGUACUUAAGAUAUCUGUAUGCAUCUAUGUCUGCGAUCAGUAGCUUAGAACCUUGCAACCAUGGAGUGAUUCCUGUGUCCUGCUAUCAGUCUUGUCUCCGCUGUACCAUCCUGCGUGAAGAUCUUCUGGGGGGCAUUUGCAGUCUCACCUUUCUUUCUGUUCCUUGCAGAUUCUCCUAAACCCGCUCUACCUGCCUGGGUCGCGGGUUACUUCUUCGCACUUCGACACCAAAGUCAGAGCCCUGGCGAGGAAGUUUCUCUAG